GCGUCUCCCACAGCUGACCUGGAAGUUGGUACCCAGUCAGUGUCUGUAACACCGGAAGGAGUAUGUGUACACUCCCACCUAGCAACAGCGAACCGAGAGAUGGAGGGAGGGGCACUGUUACUUUCUUGAGGAUGAAUUUGUGCUCGUGAUAGCCAAUUUCAGCCGAAUAUCUCAGUAUAUUAUUCUGUGCCUUUGUUAUUUGCACAUAUGGAUAUCAGACUGCAUGUGGUAGUUUACAGACUUUUCUAUCUGCCAGAUUGGAUAUGUGAGCAGAUAAAACCCAGCUGGGAAGAACUGUUUUCUUGUGUGAUGUCAUCGUAUGUUUUCAUAACUAUUGUUAGAAGUUCCGUUUGAGUGUAACUGGGAAGGCAUAGCUGGUAGUUGCUACAUUGUAGAGACUGAUGUGGCAGAAACAUGACGGAUGACUUGGAAAAUUCGGAAGACUUGUUUGUCGCUGUGAUUCGACCAAAAAAUGCUGCAAGCCUCAAUUCCAAAGAAUAUCGAGCUAAAUCAUAUGAAAUUCUUCUGCUUGAGCUUCCCAUAGAAGGACAAAAGAAAAAGAGGAAGAAAAUAUUGUUGGAAGCGAAACUGAAAAGCAAAAAUGACACAACUCAAGAAAUAAUAGAUUAUGUUAUGGAAGUUACCAAGCCCAUCUUCCCUGCUAAUCAGGGUAUCAAAGGAAAGCGAGUUGUGCUGUUGAAGAAGUUUCAACAAGAUGGAGAAAAAGCUGGAAAAGAAGCAGUACUUUACAUUGUUCCAACGGUGACCACAGACGUGCACAGUUCUGACUUGGAUGGCAUUUUGAUAUUCGUUUUUGUUGUUAUUUUUUAGGUUGAUAAAGUGGUGAUAAACCCGUAUUUUGGUCUUGGUGCUCCUGACUAUUCAAAGAUACAGAUUCCAAAGCGAGAGAAAUGGAGGCGGAGUAUGAGCAGUGUCACAGAAGACAAGGAGCGUCCAUGGGUUGAUGAUUUUCCACUUCAUCGUAGUGCAUGUGAAGGAGAUACUGAGUUACUAAGCCGCCUUCUGGAUAGUGGUUUUUCAGUCAAUCAGAUGGACAACGAUCACUGGGCACCAAUUCAUUAUGCAUGCUGGUAUGGAAAAGUAGAAGCAACCAAGACACUAUUGGAAAAAGGGAAAUGUAACCCAAAUCUUUUGAAUGGGCAGCUUAGCUCUCCUCUCCAUUUUGCAGCAGGUGGAGGACAUUAUGAAGUAGUGCAGCUUCUUCUGAACCACUCUGAGAUUGACCGUCAUAUUGUUGAUCAGCAAGGAAGAACCCCGUUAAACAUCUGUGAGGAAAACAAGCAAAAUGAGUGGGAAGAAACUGCAAAACUAUUGAGAGAAGCUUCCAAUAAACCAUACGAAAAAGUGAAAAUCUACCGUAUGGAUGGGUCAUAUCGUUCAGUGGAGCUGAAGCAUGGAAAUAAUACUACUGUACAACAGAUAAUGGAAGGAAUGAGGCUGUCACACGAGACUCAGCAGUAUUUCACUAUUUGGAUUUGCUCUGAGAAUCUUAGCCUCCAGCUAAAACCAUAUCAUAAGCCCUUGCAGCAUGUUAGAGAUUGGUCUGAGAUUGUGUCUGAGCUGACGAGUUUGGAUCCCCAGCGAGAAACCCCACAGCUUUUCCUACGGAGAGAUGUAAGGCUUCCACUGGAAAUAGAGAAGAAGAUUGAAGACCCAUUGGCCAUUCUUAUUCUGUUUGAUGAAGCUCGCUACAACCUGCUGAAAGGCCACUAUUCAGCACCAGAUUCUAAACUCAUAACUUUGGCUAGUUUGUUGCUGCAAAUUGUCUAUGGAAACUAUGAAAGUAAGAAACACAAGCAAGGCUUCCUCAAUGAAGAAAACUUAAAAUCCAUUGUACCAGUCACCAAGUUAAAAAGCAAGGCACCUCACUGGACUAGCAAAAUUCUGUACGAGUACAAGAGUUUAAGUACUAGUGAGGGAGUCAGCAAAGAAAUGCAUCAUCUACAGCGCAUGUUCCUGCAGAAUUGUUGGGAGAUCCCUACCUAUGGAGCAGCCUUUUUCACUGGGCAGAUUUUCACCAAGGGCAGUUCCAGCAGUCAUAAAGUAAUUAAAGUAUAUGUAGGUGUGAAUGUCAAGGGACUUCAUUUACUCAACAUGGAAACAAAGGCCUUGCUCAUUAGUCUAAAGUAUGGAUCUUUUAUGUGGCAGCUAGGAGAUGCGGACACAUACUUUCAAAUUCAUAGCUUGGAAAAUAAAAUGAGCUUCAUAGUGCACACCAAGCAGGCUGGUCUGAUCAUAAAGUUGUUGAUGAAAUUAAGUGGUCACCUAACUACAAAUGAAAGAAAUGUUGCAGAAAAAUAUGGAUACUGAUACUUCUCCAAACGAAGAGGCUUUAAGCAGUGAAAGAUAUUCUUUGAAGGAAUAUUUAGUGCAGCAGGGCUUUUCCUUGCAUCUCAACAAAUGUGAAUUUUUUUGCAGAUGUUGAACUAUACAUUUUGUAUUGAAAUUGUUACCAUAUGUGUUGUGCUAAAGUUUUUGUGUCCUUCUAGAUUUGUUUAAUUUUACAUAGUGCUUUGCUGAGUGAAAAGAAUGAUUAGCAUUUGGGAACAGUGAGUCACAUUAAGUAUUUGUCUGUGCAACAUUUAAGAUGAUGGUCUACUUGCUGAUAAGUCAGCUUUGGUAAACAUGCCCUAUAGGGAAAUGUUCCAAAAGUAAUAAAUAUGAACUGUGCUAGGAUGUAAACCUUUAUUACUGAAAUGAUGAAAACUUGGCUACACUUUCUUUACAGUGGGUUUCUUAUUUGUUUGUUCUUAUUCUUCCUUUUUAGCACUUUUGCUUAGGCCUGGUUUCACUCCCACCCUAGACUUAAUAUUUCAUACACUUGUAUGAUAUGAUGGAACCAGAGAAAGGCUGCCUUGCUUCCUUUUCGUGAUCCAUACAUGCAAUGCAUGUAUUCAUGCGGUAGCACUGUACAUUGUAUCUGGAAACAUUUUAUAUUGUCCAUAAUCUCUUCCAUUCUUCAGUAGCACAGUCGCACCAUUUGCAGUUGACUGGAUGUUCUAGUGAUCAUAAUACUUGCACGCAAGUACAAUAACAUUACAUAAAGCUCUCCAUUUAUUCAAAGUCAUAUCAUUUGUGGAAUAUCUUUGAAACUCUUAAAACAUAUUUACAUAUUCAGUAUGUCCAGGAUAGUCGUAUCUUUUAUUAGAAUAAUUCAUAAAGCAGUUCCAUUCUUAUUUGGGCACAGUUUUCCUUUACUGACUGUAUUGACCUUAAGAGAGAUUUAUCCCUUCCACGCUUGGUUCCGAAAGUAACCUGGCUGUAAUUUAAUUAGACCAUUCAUACUUGUAAUGCUACAAAAUACUUGCUCAUAAUAAUGGCAGAAGCAGUGAACAGCCCUCUUUUUACCUUUCAGCAUUUAUAUAUCAUGUUUAGUACCUCAUGUUCUCUUCCACAGUCAAUUGCCAUCGUACAAAGGAAGAGCAUAUAGGGUCUCCCAAUACUAAAUCAACCAUAACAGAUGUGCAUGACCAUCAUAUUGCACCAACCACCAUCAUAACCAAAAAUCUGUAGCUUGCAUGAUGGUACAUCACCCUCACUUUGCACCUGUCAAAACUGUUGCUGUAAUUUCAGGGCUCUCUUUUUCUUGGAGGAGGGAGGGAAGGUGAAACUUUUCAGUUCAGCCAGUCCUGUGCAAAAGAGGACUGUCUAUCUUUGCAUCUCUGAUUAAAUUCCUCAGUACCCAGCCCACCCCUUCCUGCCUAAGUCCUGCCUCUUUCAGAUCCUGACUGGCAACUGUCCUGCCGUACACUUGCUAGUUGGUCCAUACUUCUGGUUUUGCCUGUCAGCCACAGACAUAAAAAGGAGGGGAGAGCAGGCAGUAGUAGUCUUACGAAAUUCCCUUUGCUACAUCACUAAUUUUAUUGUUAUUAACUGGCAAGUGCCUAUACUAGUGUACAUUUACCAUAUUUUGUUUGGCAACUUUAUGGUAUGCCUCCACAUAACUUCAAGGGAAUUCCCAAGCCCUUUCAUACCCUUCUAUCAUCAAGCUCCAGUAGUCCAAAUCCUCAGUCAUAUUUUUAUCUCCAGUUGUAUGGAAGUUGCAGCCUCCAUUAUUUCUUCAUUACAAAAUACUCAGUUUACAAAUCUAUAAUAAUUUUGUCUGGCAGUGAACUCUUUACUGAAUGUUUGAUUACAUUUUUAUUAGUUACAGUUAAAGCUGAGCAACACAUGCAACAACAUCUAUUUAUAUUACUAGAGAAGGUGGGAAACUGACCUUAUAUUUUAUGUGAUUUAAAGUACUUAUCUGUUUUUGUUAAGUGCUUUGUUUUGAAGGAUUGUGUAUGCUAUUUUUUAAGAUGUAUGCAUAUGUUUCCAGUCUAAUUUAUAUUUACUGUUGCACUACAAGAAAGCAAAAUAAGUGUGUUUGUGCGUGUGUGUGUCUGUCUGUCUGUCCUGCAUUGCUACAACUAAUGCUGUUGUCCAGUUAGCUAAAAAGCACCAGCAUGAAUGUUAGCAUGACCAAGGCUGACUACUUUGUGUGGUUUAAAAUUAAUGGAAUUCUGUUAUCAUGAGCUCAAAUUCUGGGAAUUUUGUAGAUUUGCAAAACUUCUUUGUAGAAGUGAACUUACUUGCAUUUAAAUAGUUUGCCUGUAUACAAUACAGACUAAAAACAUGGCCAUUAUACAGUUAAACUGGCACUGAUUUAAGGCUAGCUUUAAGGAAAAUUUGACUAAAUUUACUGGUUUAGUUUUGACUACCAGAGUCUGUGAAAAAAUUUUGUUUUUAAUCAUUUUGUUGAAGUUCAAAUUUUUGCUAGAUUUUCUGAUUAAAUAAUAAUGGCCUUGACCAUGUCAGAAAAUGGGCAACAUACUAAAUUUGGAAAAGAGAACUUAUGAAAAGGAGCUGCAUCAGGUUAUUAAAUGCCAUUCCAUCGUAUUCAUUGCUGAGAAAAUGUAAGGUGCACUGACGUUUUAGAUUAGUUCAUCAUAUUUCUUUUUAUGUGGCACUUUGACAUAGAGUAGCCCUCUGAAAAGUGCUUUUUAAAAUGUUAACAGUAUUAUUGUGUUAAUGUUUGCCUGUGCCAUUUAAGGUAUUCUGUUAAUAAUGUUUUGUACGUACUGUUUACAUUUUCUUGUGUAAUAUAGUUUUAUGUACAGUUAAGUGUGUUAUUUAUUUAGUACCCUUUAUCUGAAAACAUUUUGUAGGGUAAAAAGUGCAUUGACAUCUGUGUACUAUAUUAAUCGUCUAAGCAGUGAAUAAAUUAUGUUAAUCUAGUUUUGUUAACCAAGUAAGAGAUAAUGCAGAGAGAUCUUAGUUAAAUCCUCAAACUGUUUUUGAGCAGUGGGACUUGCAUAUUUUAACACUGUACUGGAUAAGAGUAGUGUUUUUGUUUUAUUUCUUACUUGAAAUGUAACAUUUCCACAUCGGUUUUAAUCACAUUUUGCCUUGUUACAGCAAUACAUCACUGUUAAUGAGAGUAGUGUGGGACUUCAGAUUACAAUUGUUACAAGUGUAUGUAGAAUUAUGUGAACUGCAGUACCAAAUGAAAUAUGUUUCUUAACUUCUAAACAGAACCAUUAAGAUCUGAAAGAUAUGUAGACAAUUAAAACCCACUGUCAGACAAAAAGCAUCUGUCAGUUUUGAGUACUGACUUACACUAAUAAAGGACUGCACCAUAAUGAUAGGAAAACAGGAGAGAAAGAGAAGGAAUGGGGAACAAGAUAAUGUAGUGGAAGUAUCACAGAUUGAUGCAUAUUUUCAAGCAAUAAUCUUAAAGUAACAAAAUGUUUGCUGCAAAUUAAAAAAAAGUGCAUUUAAUAAAAUGUGUAAGUAGUAUAUACAGUA